UAUGCUAGGCAGCAGGACCUGGCUGGCCACCCUGUGUGGCUGGUGGCCACUGUUCCUAGUGGUGGAAGAAGAAGAAGAAGAAGGACCUCGAAGGCAAUACCCAAUGGCCCACGUCAUCUUACAAAGCGAUUUAAUCGUUGAGAAUGUCUUGCAAUUCGUUGACGUGGAAGACCUGUUCAGCUGCUGCGAGGUCAACAAGACGUGGCAGGAAACGGGACUUAAAAUGCUGCGCAAGAGGCUGGUGUCUGUCGCUGUGAGCUGCAUGACCGAUACGGACCAGGAAACCACGACUCCAGUCGACGACGUGACCCAUGUGUGCCCGGAGACCUUGUGCUCGAGGUUCACGCGCUAUCGCAACAUCGCUCGCAUGGCAGGCCUUCGUCCCACACUGGUCUUCCUCUCCUACUAUGUAGAUCUCUCCCAGAACAAGAGCGUGGUUGACAGUGUCCGGGCGCUGCUACCCAGCGAUUCCGUGAUAGUCUAUUUCAAGCUGGAAGUGGUCCGUACACAGGACGGCAUGGAAGACAGAGGCCACGAGGGCAUAGUCGGUGAAUUCGUCUUUCGCACCGAUGCCGGACUCGUCACUCCAGAGAAGGCAUCGGCCAUCGGCAUGGGACGCCUUGUCCCGCCCCCGUCGUCUGACGGUGGCGCUGUCUUUCAUAACGUACUUCCGGGCGUCCUCGUGUUCCAGGCCCUCCACGUGACAGACGCCAACUUCGAAGGCCGCGCUGUCACCAGCUAUUUCACGGAGUCGGCCACAAGGCGCCUUAUACAGGUAACCUCUGUUGCCAUCCUGUGCACAAUGCAGAGUGCUCGACUGGCACUUUUUAUGGAACGACUGCGUGACAACUUCGGUGAGAGUAGCAACACCAUCGCAGUAGCCUUCCCUCGUGAUCGAGACCAGGCUGUGUCGGAGUUGGAGGCGUUCGAGGUGGCCUUCCCCAGCGUCCCGGUGCUUGCAAACCAGGCGACAGAAUUCACGGUUGACGGUCAGUUUGCGCCCCUGAACAGACUCAAACUCAUCUUCUUGCUCAUCAAACUUCUCGAGUGAAUUCUAUCACCACCAGUCUGAUGACCAUCUUUUUGCGUUUGAGCUGCAUAAUAUUUUGGAAUUUAUACUCCAGUUAAUGGCACGUGACCACACCUAUAUCAAUAAAUAUUUGUUCAAGAGAACGAAGA